GGGCGGGCGCAUGGCGGGGCCCGGCGGCGCGGCGGGCCCGGCCGCCUCCCGGGAGCUGCUGGCCGUGGGCUGCCGAGGAGGGCUGGAAGAAACGUUGUUGAUUAGUUCAAAAUGUAGCAGCAAGAAGGCCACCACUUUACAGACCAUGAGGAUGCCAAGAAGUAGUGUUUUGGACCGAGUACAGAAUUUCUUACCACAGAUGGCACAUGCAAAUGAUGAGCUAAGAAGAAAAAUGGUAACAGCACCAGCUCACCAGUUUGAUAUUGAAAAUCUAGACAGCGCAACAGAAAAAGUUAUAGAAAUGAAUGUGGCUGUAGUUGAAUUGAGCGAUUCUGAUACAGAUGAAGAGAUACUAACUUCAGAAGAUGACUCAGAAUCUGAAGAUGACUGUACAGCUGGUGAAGUAACGAUAGACAACAUUAAGUUUCCUAAACAAAAGGGAGAAAAGGGCAAAAUAGAAAUUUUGGACAGCAAAGUGAAUGAGUAAAUCCGUUUUAUUUUCCUUAAAAAAAAACACAACACAACAAAACCACAGAAAAAAACACAAACGCAAAUAAUGUUGGCCCUUAAACUACCUUGUUACCCAGUGUGGCAUCCCUCAGGAUCAUGUGAAUUGCUGCAGUUUACAUAGUGGGAUUCAGGAUCCACUCAUGACUGAGGCAGGCUGGAUUUCUGAGGAAUUACGUACGGUUUUAUUAAUCAAGCAACAUGUAAAUAAACUUUAUCCUAGGUUAGACUAAGAAAGCAGAUAGAAUUUGGGGCACUUGAACUAGGUAAGUUAAAAUUAAUGUUCUGUUGCUUUGUUGACGAAGCUCUUGCUUCAAGAGCAGGAGAGAGUUAACUAGGCAAAGAGCUUUGGUUUUUAUAUUCCAUGUCCUGUGAAGUGUUAUGUACAAGGUCUUCAAUAUUAAACAUUAUCUUAAAGUACA